UCAUAAACAUCCAUAAGGACUUCCUCAUGUUCAUAGCAGAUAUUAUGUCAUAUUUAUGACAGUGUCAUGUCAGUCUUAUGAUCAGCUCUUCAAAUAAAGUGUGACCACAUAUGUAGAUUGUUGCAGAAAGUUUGGUUGAAGUGCAACUUCCCAGAGGAUUUUUAUCAAAAGGCAUGUCUGGAGUUUGCAUAUAUGUUUUUUUAUUAUAUAUGCAGAAAAUCUUUUUCAUCUAUUUAACUCUCCAAAAACACACAGCCAAUUCAAAAGUACCAUUAAAUCCAAUGGUCCAAAGUGACUGGAUCCAAACCACUAACUGUAUUUCUUCUUUUUUUACGUCAGCAUACAGUACCAGAGCACGAGUCUGUAUGCCGGUAAACAGCGCAGCCUUACACUAAUAAAACUACUGGUUUCAUCUGAAUUUCAUUCCUUAACUUCUGCAUUCUCAAGAAUUGGUUUUGACUUGCAUGAUGUUUCUCAGCACCUUCAUAUUUCUCAGCUGCAGCAGUCAUACUGUCAGGUUAUAUUGGGCCAAAUGCAGCUGGUAGUAAAUGAGAUUCACAUGACGAACCACAGAGCAGAUGUAACAGGAAACAAGACUUCUCCUUUAACAGAGGGGCCCGUCUGCUGGGUGUCAUUUCUUCCUGGGACGUUAGUAACUCAUUGAUUGAUCCCAUCAAGGAUGCAUGUCUGGUUGAGUGCAGUUUUGCUUCUGGCAGCUGUGACCCUCUGCUGCUCUUCAUCGGCCACAAACAGAUUGUGGGAUGACUGGAGAACUCAAUAUGGCAAAGCUUAUGACAAUCAAACUGAGCUGAACUUCAGGAGAACAGUGUGGGAGAAAAACCUGCUGUUGUUGCUAAGACACAACCGGGAGGCUUCAGCAGGAAAACACAGCUUCACUCUGGGACUGAAUCAUCUCGCUGACAUGACAGCGGAGGAGAUUAAUGAGAGGCUGAAUGGUUUGAAGGUGGAGGAGCCUCUCGAUCUCAGGAAUGACACAUUCAGAGACACAAAUGACUCAUCACUUCCUACAAGUGUUGACUGGAGGACAAGCGGACUGGUCGGUCCCGUCAGAAACCAGGGCUUGUGUGGCUCAUGCUGGGCCUUCAGUGCUCUGGGAGCUCUGGAGGGGCAGAUGAAGAGGCGAACGGGCGUCCUCGUGAUGCUGAGUCCACAGAACCUGGUGGACUGCGGCGCUAAGGAGGGAAACCUCGGCUGCAAGGGAGGGUACAUCACCAAGGCCUUCAGCUACAUCAUUCACAACGGAGGCGUCGACUCAGAGAGCUCGUACCCCUACGAACAUCAGAAUGGAAAAUGCCGCUACUCGCUCCAAGGCAAGGCGGCUCACUGCUCCAACUUUCACGUCCUUCCACGGGGGAACGAGUUGGCUCUGCAGGCUGCGGUGGCAUCAGUGGGACCAGUUGCCGUGGCCGUGAACGCCAUGCUGCCGUCUUUCCAUCAGUACAAAGGAGGUUUAUACAACGCGCCUGACUGUAACCCAAAGCUAAUCAAUCACGCUGUGUUGGUUGUGGGCUACGGCACAGACAGAGGACAGGACUACUGGCUAGUGAAAAACAGUUGGGGAACGGCUUGGGGAGAAGGUGGAUUUAUCCGGAUUGCGAGGAACAAGAAAAAUCUCUGCGGUAUUGCGACGUUAGCAGUCUACCCAACGCUGUGAAUUCUACCGAGAUUUAUUCUGUUUUAAUUUUGUAUUGCUGUUUUUUUGAAAGAAGCACACUGUGCUGUCAGAGCACUACAGAAUCUAUUAACACUGUUGGGUAAAAAGGUUCUAAAGGCCAAUAUAAUAAAGUUUUAAAGGAUUCUGUUCUACUCAGUGCUGCAGGUGGGAGCGUUAGGUUCAAAUCCUGUGCUGGGGUCUUUCUGUUUCUGGUUUGUAGGUUUUUCCUCUGCAUAUAGGUUUUCUUCAUGUAUUC